AUGUCUGAUUCUCUGUCUAAAAGAAAACAAUAUCGCGAGGCGAAGGAGGAAACCCGAAAAGUGCUCAAGCACGCGCGGUUUGAGGAUACCCAGGAGGUCAGUCUCCCGAAAAAACGGUUUUAUAGACAACGUGCACACUCUAAUCCGUUUUCAGACCACAAGCUAGAGUACCCAAAGAGUCCCGACUCGAUGGACUGGAGCAAGUACUAUCCAGGGUUUGUGGAUAGCGAGACAGGAAAGCUGGAUCGGCAGGUUGAGAUCGCAGACAUUGGCUGCGGGUUUGGUGGUCUUUUGGUUGAUCUGGCCCCACAUUUCCCAGACAGCCUGAUCCUGGGUAUGGAAAUCAGAGUGCAAGUCACACAGUACGUUGAGGACCGGAUCAUCGCAUUGAGGUUGCAACACAAAGACACGAAUAAAUAUCAAAACAUCAGCGUGAUCCGCGCGAACGCCAUGAAGUUCCUUCCUAAUUUCUUCCACAAGGGGCAGCUGUCGAAGAUGUUCUUCUGUUUCCCGGAUCCGCACUUCAAGCAGAGAAAGCACAAGGCGCGCAUUAUCACGACGACACUGCUGAGCGAGUACGCGUACGUGUUGCGCGAGGGAGGAGUUGUGUAUACCAUCACUGACGUCAAGGACCUGCAUGAGUGGAUGGUGAGCCAUCUAGACGAACACCCGCUAUUUGAGCGCCUUUCUAAAGAAUGGGAGGAUCAAGACCCUUGUGUGGCCAUCAUGCGCGAGUCGACCGAGGAAGGAAAGAAAGUGGCACGCAACAACGGUGACAAAUUUGUCGCAUGUUAUAGACGGGUAGCAGCGUAA